GCUGGGAUCAGCGCGUGCGAGAAGGGCGAGCAGUGGCAGGGGGCGCUGGCGCUGCUCAGCGACAUGCGGGAGGCGGGGCCGGAGCCGGACGUCAUCAGCUACAGCGCUUUGAUCAGCGCGUGCGAGAAGGGCGAGCAGUGGCAUCGGGCUCUGGCACUGCUGGGCGAGGUGCGGGAGGCGAAGCUGGAGCCCAACCUCAGCUACAACGCUGGGGUUAGCGCGUGCGGGAAGGGCGAGCAGUGGCAGCGGGCUCUGGCGCUGCUGCGCGAGAUGCGGGAGGCGACGCUGGAGCCCGACGUCAUCUUCAGCUACACUGCUGGGAUCAGCGCGUGCGAGAAGUGUGAGCAGUGGCUGCGGGCUCUGGCGCUGCUGAGCGAGAUGUCGGAGGCGGGGCUGGAACCGAGCGUCAUCACUACAACGCUGGGAUCAGCGCGUGCGAGAAAGCGCGUGCGAGAAGGGCGAGCAGUGGCAGCGGGCUUUGGGGCUGUUACGCGACAUGUGGGAGGCGAAGCUGACUCCCGACGUCAUCUGUACUACAAUUCUUGCGCUGGGAUUAGCGCGUGCCAGAAGGGCGACCAGUGGCUGCGGGCUCUGGCGCUGCUCAGAGACAUGUGGGAGGCGAAGCUGAAACCCAACGUCAUCUUCAGUUACAGCGCCGGGAUCAGCGCGUGCGAGAAGGGCGGGCCGUGGCAGUGGGCUCUUUCGUUGCUCAGGGAUAUGUCGGAAGCGAAGCUAAAGUCGGACGUGAUUGCUUACAACGCUGGGAUCAGCGCCUGUGGGAAAGGCGAGCAGUGGCAGCAGGCUCUGGCGCUUCUAAACGAGAUUUUUGCAGCGAAGCUAGAGCCCGACGUCGUCAGCUGCAGCGCUGGGAUCAGCGCGUGCGAGAAGGGCGAGCAGUGGCAGCAGGCGCUCGCGCUUUUCAGCAAUAUACGUGAUGCGAAGCUUGAGGCCAACGUCAUCUGUACUACAAGCGCUGGGAUCAGCGCGUGCGAGAAGGGGGGGCAGUGGCAGCGUGCUCUGGCGCUGCUGGGCGAGAUGCGGGAGGCGAAGCUGCUGCCCGACGUCACCUUCAGCUACAGCGCUGGGAUCAGUGCGUGCGAGAAGGGCGAGCAGUGGCAGGCGGCUCUGGAGCUGCUGAGCGAGAUGCGGAAGGCGAAGCUGAAGCCCAACUCAGCUACAGCGCUGGGAUGAGCGCCUGCGACAAGGGCGAGCAGUGGCAGCGGGCUCUGGCGCUGCUGAGCGAGAUGUGGGAGGCGAAGCUAGUGCCCAACGCCAUCAGCUAUACCGCUGGGAUCAGCGCUUGCGGGAAGUGCCAGCAGUGGCAGCGGGCUCUGGCGCUGCUGAGCGAGAUGUGGGAGGCGAUGCUGGGAUCCGACAUCACCAGCUGCAGCGCUGGGAUCAUCGCGUGCGCACAGGGCGAGCAGUGGCAGCGGGCUCUGGCGCUGCUGAGCGAGAUGUGGGAGACGAGGCUGAAGCCAGACGUUAUC